AUGUCAACUGUCAAACGUAUCAAUGAUGUCGAUGUUAAUCAAUACAAAAAUCCAUUUUCUACAUCACAAUUAAUCAUUGGUUUAGUUAUAGGUACAUAUUUUUUAACUGUGGAACUUAUUGAUUUCAGUUUGUCGAUGUAUGUGCUACGAGAGAAGAAACCGGAACUUUAUCAAGAAUAUAUAAUGUUCAAAAGUCAAGCACCCAUAUGGAAAUGGUGGCAAUUAUGUACAAUGAUUGUUUUACCAUUAUCCAUGAUUGAUGCACUUCGUGAUUUAAUUCACAUGUUUACUAAAAAAGCUACGAUCAGACGUAAUGUGAUCGAUAUUUUAAAAGCUAUACAAUUUUUUGGUAUAGUAUACACGAUGUUCGUCUGUGUAAUGCCGUUAGAAUCGCAUCUAGCUGAAAAACCUUCAAAACAUCUUGCUCGGGAUUUAAAUUUUUACCAUUCGUUUGCAUUUGGAUUUAAUAUUCUUGGAUGGUUACUCACAUUAUUACGAUAUUAUGAUUGGAAAAAUGAUAAACAAAUUCCUUCCGAGAAAAAGACACAAUAA